AUGCAGGAGUCUCCAGGUGCCAUGGGUGUAGAUGGCAGCUACGCCAGCAACGUUCCAGCCUUUCUCACUAAGCUGUGGACCCUGGUGGAGGAUCCAGAUACCAACCACCUCAUCUGCUGGAGCGCCACUGGGACAAGUUUCCACGUGUUUGACCAGGGACGCUUCGCCAAAGAAGUUCUGCCAAAAUACUUCAAACACAAUAACAUGGCAAGCUUCGUUCGACAGCUCAACAUGUAUGGUUUCCGUAAAGUCGUGAACAUUGAGCAGAGUGGCUUGGUGAAGCCUGAGAGAGACGACACAGAGUUCCAACAUCUGUACUUCCUCCAGGGACAUGAACAAAUGCUGGAACACAUCAAGAGGAAGGUGUCCAUUGUGAAGAGUGAGGAGACCAAAGUUCGUCAGGAGGAUCUCAGUAAGCUGCUGUAUGAAGUUCAGCUCCUCAGGACACAACAGGACAACAUGGAGUGUCAGAUGCAGGACAUGAAACAGCAGAACGAAGUUCUGUGGAGAGAGGUCGUCUCACUGAGACAGAACCACACACAGCAACAGAAAGUCAUGAACAAGCUGAUUCAGUUUCUGUUCAGCCAGAUGCAGUCCAACACACCCAGCACUGUGGGCCUAAAGAGAAAGCUGCCCCUGAUGUUGGACGAUGGCUCUCCCAGUCCUCCUGCCUCCAAGUUCAGCCAUAGUCACCCGAUGGAGGCCAUGCACGAGUCCUUCUACAUCCAGUCGCCAUCCAGUGACACUGCUUCUUGCUCUACUAGUGGGCUGACAGGAGGACCGAUCAUAUCAGAUGUUACUGACAUAUCUCAGGCCAGCAUGGCCCUGCAGAUGCAACCCGAUGAGACCAGGGAGAAGUGCAUGAUGCUCAUCAAAGAGGAGCCUGUGAGUCCAGGAGUGAGAGGAGCAGGUAAAGGAGGCAGCGUAGGAGGAGCAGGAGAGGCCAUAGCGUUGAACACCUCCUGUGAGGUGUGCUCCUCAGAACCUCCCGUCCUCCCCGUCGCAAUGGUCCAGUCCGUUCUGGAGGGGAGAGGCUCUGUGGCCUCCAUGGUGGAGAGGAGGAGUAAAAGACCAGCCCUGGACAAAGUGGAGGUUUCAGACACGGUGGAGAAUGUGGACAUGAGCCUGGAGGAGCUUCAGCAGCUGCUGCUCAGAAGCCAUCAGCAGAGUAGUGUGGAAGCUGGGACCAGCGCUGUUAUGGACCCGUUCAGUUUAAGCCUGCCUCUGACUGAGUGGAACUUCACAGAGAUGGAGUCCAACCUCAAAUCAUACAUGUUCCAGAACCAGGAGGCAGAGGCUUUUCCAGCUACCGGCUGUGAGGAACAGUGAUCGACCCGUGCUACAAACUGUCCUUUCUGAAGCGGAAGGCCACAGAAGCUGCUCUUCCCCUCAUUAUUCCACCCUGCAUGAGUGUUGAACUCACGGCCCUGCCAGGCUGUUUCUGACACGUGGCUUUAUUUUAUUCCUUUACGUUCACAUAACUAUAAAAUGCAGCGCUAAAAAAAACCUGAAUCCUUAUAUUUCCUGGUCAGCUGAUAGCCAGCGGACCUAUGAGCUACCAAAACAGCGGGCGUGGCCAACCGCCUGCAUGAGGACAGACUGGUCUUAUAAGUAUUUCAUAGUUAACCAAACAUAGUCCAAACCAAACAAGUGUGGUAUGACAUAAUUAUAUCUAGACUCCAGUAUUAAGCCAGCUGGAUGCAGACGGUGCAUUCUUGGCUCCAGCACUUUAGUCUUUGUGUGAGAGGGAGUUCCUGCUUGUGGAAGUGACUUUUUCUUCCUACUGUAUAAAGAAUCUACAGUAUAACAGAUGUACGAAUGAAUAUUUUUAUCCUUAUUAUUAAAAAAAAAAAAACUGUAUUUGUAUUCAAGAGAAGCAAAACAUGUCGCUGUGAGUUGGGGGGGGCAAUGUAGCAUUAUGUAUCUUACAAGUUACGUGAUUUUCUUUCAGUCUGUGAAAGGGUAGAGAAGAUUUAAGGGCUCCUUUAUAUACAUGCAUUUCAAAUCAUGAUUAAUGUGCAGAGAUACAUCCGAGCUGAGUUCGUCCAUUCGUGAUAAGAAAGGUCUUUCUGACAAAACAAUGGAGCCAAUUUUCAAAAUCCAUUAGGGAAACCUUCAGCGUCUUGAAGCAUAUCACGAAAAGGAGGUUACGCACCCGACUAAUAUAUCUUUGCACAUGCAUGACAUAUAGCCAGAGACUUCUGUCCAUUUAAAUGUGAAGUUUAAAGGAAACUAUUAAAAGAUAAACUUCCCAUUUGGAUUAAAAAAAAACAUCAACACCACUGCAUUUUUGCACAAUCUGUACCACUAGUUAUAUAUAUAUAGUUAUAUAAACAGUCAAGACAGUAGGAUCCUGCUUUUAAUACUUUGUUUUAAAAUAAUAUAUUCAACUGUCCAGGAGCCAGUCUAUAAAAAAAGAUUUCAUUAUGGUUGACUGUGAUUCAUUAAAUGUAUGGUGUGGUUGGUUUCUUGAGAAUCUGUCAUAGUAUCAAGAUUGAAAAAAAAAACUAAAACAAAUUAAUUCUCUGAAUUUCUACAAAUUAUACCUGAUCAUGCUUUUCGAUGUAAAAUAUUCCGCACUGGUUGCAGGCAACGGUUUAAAGGUUAACUAAAUAUUUCUUCUGGGAAAUUUCCUAGAGGGUUGAGUUUAUUGAAUUGUGCAAUACUGUACAGAACUGUGAGAGCUCACACAAAACUGCAAUACAUAGAUGACCAUAGGAAUGUAGGAAAUGGCAACUGUGAGUGGCGGACUGGAAGACGUCGCAGAUGGGACGAUGUUAGCCUGUGGGAUGGUUCUUUUGUGCCGAGUCAAAUCGAAAGUUUAGAUUCGAAAACAACCGGAUGAGCAGCAUCGCCACCGUCAGAGCCAGCGGUUUGCAUUAACUUUUUGGCAUUUUACACAGUUUUUUGUCCAGCAAUAUCAUAAAUACUGUAGCUUUGCAUCUAGUUUUAGCACAGUGUGACUGUUCCUCUGACGUAUAAUAACUAUAACGUCUGCAUCAGCAGAGGAAAAGACUAGCUCAGUGUAGAUUUACCUAAACAUUAUAUUGAAUUUGCUAUGUAAAAAGCGAAUGCAAGCCGCCCCCCUGCAGGUUAACAUUUGCAUGGCAGACCUGGAUGAAAAAAAAAGAAAAAAGAAAAAAGGUAGUUGUGGUGUAUAACAAGUGAAAUUGCACUAAAAAAAUAAAUCACAGUUGUAUGAUAUUUGCAAGUAUACAGUACAUUUUAGACAUAGCAUUUAUUCUUGUUCCUUAUGACAAUAUGAGUGUUAAUGAUUUUUUUUCUUCUUCUUCAAGGAGUGAUGAAUACAUACAGUACAUUCAGUUGCUGUUAAUUUAUUUCCAUUUUAAUCAUUUGCACUGGAAAUGAACGGAUGUGUGUUUAAAUGACAUUUAUGCUUGUCAGGAUUGCAGAUAUGAGGAAGUAUUUUUGUUACCUGAGUGAAAAGAUCUCUGCUGUAACAAAGCCUGGCAUCCCAAAAGCACUUCUGCACUAUGAACGGACGAUACAUCAGCGUACACAUACAUAUAUCAACAAAAAAUAAAGAGCUGUCUGUAUAGAUGUGGCCGAUCUUAGUGCUCAGGUGCUUUUGAAAGUGGGCCACAACCUGCUGAAAAACGGGAAUUGUUUUUAAUAGUUUUUGCAAAGACUAAAGUGUAUUGUUACAGAGAGUCAAAGAAACUGAACAUGUAUUUCACCAGUGUAUGAAACAUUUAAGUUGCUAUAACAAAUAAAAGUGAAAGAAAGCAG